GUGUGCUUUUGACGCGUUUGUUUGUGUCGUCGACUCACCAGGAAGUAAAUUCAAUUGCAAAGGAAGCUACUUCGUUUGCAUGACAGUAUUUAAUCGUCAAGCGCUGUUAAACUGCCUGCAGUGCUGGAUCUUUGAUCGGUCAGUGCUUUGUGUUGUAACACUUAAAAAAGCAUAACAAACUAUUGUCUUCGUCGUACCGUGGAUGUCAAUGAAAAGCAGAACUUAUCCGUGUGUAGUAUUGACCAGUAUGGUCUCCUUAUUGUUUCUUAUGAUGGUUCUGUACGAGGUCCUCAGCCCUCAGCAGACUGGCAGUUCCGUCCUAAAACAGGACUACCGGCUGUUGGGGAGGCCAUUGUACAAACUGGACCUCAACUGGCCCCAAAAUCCGGAACUCUUCUCUGGGAAUGUGUUUGGAGUGGCUGUCAACCACUACGCUGGUGUUGUGUACGUGGCACAGAGAGGUGACAAGGUGCCCAAGAUGUUAGUGUUUACAACAGAAGGGGAUUUCCUCAUGUCUUGGAAUACAAGUACCUUAGAGAUGCCCCACGGUAUAUUUUUGGCUGAUGCCAUGUCAAACCCAACUGUUUGGAUCACAGAUGUGGGAAAUGGUCCAUAUGGCCAUUGCAUCAAACAAUACUCACCAUCAGGGAAUCUUCUGCAGUUGCUUGGUAUACCAGGAAAAGCUGGCUCUGGCCUUAAUCCUCUGCAGUUUGACCAGCCAGCUGAGCUCUUCGUCCAUGACUCUGGGGAAAUGUACAUCGUGGACGGUGACGGUGGGAUGAAUAAUCGGCUCAUCAAGUUAUCCAAAGACCAAGAGGUUUUGUGGGUGCAUGGUGAAAAGGGACAAGGCCUGGCUCAGUUCUACAUCCCCCACAGUGUGACUGUUGACAAUGCUCAAAGAGUAUGGGUGGCUGACAGGGGGAACAAGAGGAUCCAGGUCUUUAACUCCCUGACGGGGGACUGGUUGGGAUCGUGGGCAAGCUGCUUCACUGAGGAUGCACCUUACUCAGUUCGUCUGACGCCUGACAAGAAAUAUUUUGUUGUAGUCCAGCUCAACACUAAUCAGAUAUCACUACUGGAUGCGCCCCCGGUAGGUUUAAUCGGCCAGUGCAGAGUGGCCAGUGUGAUUCAACUGGCUGAUGACGUCAAGCCACAUUUGGUUGACUUGGACUUGAAGUCGGGGGCACUGUAUGUCGCAGAGAUUGGUGCUCAGCAAGCACAGAAGUUCACCCCUUUCAGCCUAGGUGGGGGCUUUGUAUAAAAAAAGGUGAACUGUCCUAGGCAAAUAAUUAAUCAUAGUAACAAAUAACAAAUGCAUACAAUGGCCUGCUGUUUCCGUACAAUGAAACCCUUAAGGUCAAACACAAUCCGUUUUGGGUUGCUGCCUGACUUCCAAGUUAUCUGUUUAGUUUCUGAAGUCUAACAAUAAGUCUAAAUUUAAUAUGACAAGACAUUAAAGCAAUUAUAAGACUCUCUACUUUGAUGACAAAUGAGGCUGUAACAAAACUUGCCUCCCUGAUCACAUUUUCUUAAAUAUUGCUUGCUCCUGCACAAGUGUAAAAGGUUAAUUGUCAAUUAGAGAUGUGCAAAAUGCUCUCGAGGCUUUGGAGGUUGUGUGACUCUUCCUGAAACUGAGUUUUUCGAAAUGCUGUGUUGGAGCUUGUAUCGAAACACCAGUGUCACAUGACCUUCGACCGUCAUCACUGUUUUGCUGAGCACUUAAUUCUUACAAAAUGUUUCAAAGCUUUUUCAUUGGCUCAUGGUGUUUUCAUCUAUUCUUUGGGUGAAUGUGAAUAUAGAAUGUGAUUUAAAGUGUUGGGGAGAGCAUCUGCAUACUUUAUUGUAAUGAUAUCAUUAUUUGGCAUGCAUGAACAAAACACUUGAAUGACUAUACAGACUAUUCUGAACUAUUAUUGCUGUCAGGGAAAGUGUCGGUGCAUCAGUCGUGCUCCUUAGAGGUUGUCCUUCACCAUCAGUUGUCCACCAGAUGUCAACGCCACUGAAGUCUUGAAGAUUAGAAUCUUUUAUGGCACAAUUGCUUGGAAAGCCUCAGUCCUUCAUGAGGCUUUACUUGCCCACCAUUACUGUGGAUGUACCGUCCAUUACUAGAGAUCAGUUAACUUGCCACAGUACUCUUUCACUGUAAAAGGUACCACGCACACAUGCACACCCACUGUAAUGUAAAUAAAUGUUCACAUGAAACGUGUAAUUAAUAAUGCUCUCCAUCUUUGAAGGUGAAGGGGACACAAUAUGUUGGUAAAUGCAUCGGCAAAGGGAUCGUAUGUUUCUACUGACGAAACGCACAAUUGGCACGUGACUCACUGCCGAGCAGAGGUGACCAAUGACGUGUCCAACAAAUGUAAAGAGAAGGUUGUGGCCAUCCCCUGAUGGUGCCUCUAGCUAGCUGAAAUGAACUAUUGUGAGGUAUUCUGAGGUCUCAUAGGAUUUUGUGCAAUUAAAGAAUGAUUAUUUUCUCAAACCCCCACCCCCGCCUCCCUAAAAAAUGUAAUACUGUGAAAA